GUAGGUGGUACUGUAAGCAUACAGGUCAUUCCAAGCGGCUGCCAGUUCAGGGGUGUCUAUCUGGUACUCUAGCUAGCUCCGAACCCUUCUGCCAGUUCAGCCCUCUCCUCGUCGAGGAAUGAAGGUUUCAGAGACACAAAAAGAGAAAGAAGGAUCCUGCAGAAGAUGUCGUCUACCCGUGAUAGUAGCAGAAGAGAGAGAAGCGACGCCGCAAGCAUGUUGACCGAAGAAGGCGAUCCACUAGACGCGUCGCUGGAGCAAGUAGUGAUGGAAAGAAGCCGAGGUGCCACGGAGGAAACAGCCGAACCAGGGAAAAGAUCCGAUGAUGAUAUCAAGCGAGAAGAACUUCAGCGACGACAGGAAGCAGCCAUGUCUACUCGACAGGCAGCAGUCAUGACAGCUCCGUCGUCAUCAUCAUUAUCGGAUCAAGACAGAAAGCCAUCACCCAAAGAGAGAGAAGUGGGCAAAAGUGCCAUGGUGGGCAGUAUCAGAAGUUCUGGCACGGGUAGGAAAAUCAGCGAGGAUGCAGCCAAUCAGCAAGGAAAAGACGACGACGACGAGCUCCACUUGAUGAAGGUUGUGGCGAUGAGAAGCAGCGUUAAUACCACAGACGAUGCUGGGGCUGGCAAAACCAAGGUGCAAAAGAAAGGUGUACCUAGCACCAACACAGCAGCAGCAGCAACAUUCUCACAAGCAGAUUACGUGACCGAGAUGAUUCAGGUUGCUGUUGGAAGUGAUACUCAGCGGGCACAAAUGGAUGGAGAAGAACCCAGCACCAACAAUAGCACAGCAGCAGCAGCCAUGGAGUACGAUGCGACGGGGAGUCCACUCAAGCAGAGUCUCCUUGCCACAGGCCAACGUCCAGGAGCAUACAGUGGAGCACCAGGUGUUGGUUAUCAGGCGGUUGCGGCUGUGAGUUAUACCGGUUUGGGUACCGGCUCUAGCCAGAUGGAACUCGAGGGAUCGAGAGGAGUCAACUCGGAACAGCCAAAUAUUAGUGGACGCGACAUUGAGACCGCCAAUCGAGCUGUCCCCGCGGCUCCCACCGCCAGUGCCGGUGUUGCUCACAAUCCAAACGAUCCAUUAGAAGCGGCUGUCCAGUCUGCUACAGGAGCUGGACAAGAAGCCAAAAAUGAAAGCCAAAAGCCCAACCAAAAACUCAUGUAUGCUUAUGUGGGAGUUGCUUUUUUGGCCGUCCUCAUCAUUGUCAUUGUUCUCUGUGCCACACUGAUUCCCGGCGGGGAUUCGGAAGGGCAGGCUGACAUGGCAGCGGCCAAUCCAAACGAUCCUCCUCCCAGUGACAUCUCUUUGGACGAACACAUUCGAGGCCUCUUCCCAAACUCUACGCUGGAAGCCAUGGAGAGUCGUUUUAGUCCACAAGCUGAAGCUUUUCGAUGGUUGCUCAAGGAUCCAGAACUCACUACCACCAACACCUAUUCAGAUGACAGAAUCUUGCAACGGAUGGCUCUAGCAACUUUUUAUUUUGCAACUGGUGGGAGGCGAUGGGAUGGCAAUUCUGGAUGGCUCAACUACAGUGUCCAUGAAUGUGAUUGGUACUCAGAUGGGAAUCCUCCUUGUGACAACGACAUUUCGACUCUAGUGGAAGAAUUCAGCAGCAAUGCCACAAGCAACUUUACAAACAAUUAUACCUUCUGGGAUGACGAUGACUAUGUUAUGUAUCCUGAAGAUCUUUCAACUGAAUACCUAUGGCGCCCAACUUUCGAUGAUAGGAUGCUGGUGGAAGGGGAUGGUACAAUCAAACAGUUGCACCUCCCAUUCAACAACUUGAUUGGGACUUUGCCACCAGAGCUGUUUUGGCUUUCCAAUUUGAGAUCCAUUCAAUUUGACAAUAACGAAAUUGGAGGACAUUUGGUUGGUUCGUAUCUGGCACUCCUAACAGAUUUGAGAGUGCUUCGUUUGUACUCCAAUCAGUUAGAAGGAUCCAUUCCUUCUGAGUUAGCGACUUUGACCAACCUGGCGAAUAUCAAUUUGGCACAAAACAGAGACUUGGAGGGAAUCCCGGAUGAGCUCUGGGAAUUGUCCAGCUUACAAGUUCUAGCACUGGAUGUUGGCUCUACUGUUCCAUUUGAAGCAGUAGCACAAUUUGAUCAACUGUCUUCACUCACUCUUGCCGAAUUGACUGGAACGCUUCCAACAGAGGUUGGACUGCUUACAAAGUUGACACUGCUGAAUCUACAAGGUGGCAGGCUUCGAGGCACAAUCCCAACAACACUGGGCAAACUAUCUGACAUGACGUGGCUGUUUCUUGACAGGAACACAUUCACAGGCGAGAUUCCAACAGAAUUAGGAUUGUUGGCUAACCUUACCAUUCUUGAACUGAGUGAAAACAGACUCAAUGGCAUCCCCUCUGAGCUUGGAAUGCUCACCAAUCUAUAUUCUCUUCGCCUGCUAGAUUGUCGCUUGGCAGGUCCAAUCCCCUCCGAGAUUGGACAAAUGUCACGUCUUUCGCAACUCUAUCUUCAAGAGAAUGACCUCGCUAGUUCGCUUCCAACUGAGCUUGGCACCCUUUCAAAGAUCCGCACCGUGUACUUCUACAAGAAUGAAUUGACGGGUUCCAUUCCUUCAGAGCUAGCCAGGGCGAGUAGAUUGCGCAGUUUGCAUUUGGAUUCCAAUAUGCUCAAUGGAACAUUGCCCAGUAGGUUUGGAAGGAUCCGGUAUCUUCGGGGGCUAAACUUGGACAAGAACUCAAUAUCUGGAUCUAUUCCCACCCAGUUCGGAAGGCUGAUCUACAUGAGGCGCUUGGAGAUGAGUCAAAACGAACUCACCGGCCCAAUCCCCACAGAGUUUGGUAGAAUGUCAAGGCUGGAGAAACUCUUGUUGAAUGACAAUCAUCUUACUGGGACAAUUCCGCUGGAGCUGGCCAAGAGGAGCUCUGGCUUCUUUAGUUUGUUUGACUCGAGUGACUCCACUGAUACUCUUGAAGAGCUGUAUCUGAAUGGAAACAAUUUCACAGGUUCCAUCCCAGAGCUGCUUUGUGAUGUGGAAGAGGUCAGGACUGACUGUACAGAUCACUUUUGUGGGUGUAAUUGUGCUUGCAAAGCUUAAUGGACAAAGACGAUUGUGACACUCUCCUGAGGAGUGCAUGAGGAAUCCAUACUGAUGUGGCCUUUUCCAACCGUUGCUGUGGUGGCGAACUAAACUGGUUUCAAUGUAGCUGUUUCUGCAAUUGUUUCAAUGUUUCUAUUGUGAUGACUACUCUGUUAUGUCGAAUGUACUCAGAGGUUCUCAGUGAAAGAUCCAUUAUUGCCACACAUGAUUGACUCAAGCCUGGUGGAGGAGGCAGCGACCAGACAAACCAGAAAGAUACAGCGCAGUUUCUUGCUUGGAUGGCCCGCCGUAGCCAGGACCCCCCAUACGGCAGGUGAGCUGAGUAGCUGAGUGAAUAGACCCACGCUGACCAGCUCGUGCGUUUGAUAUAUCUCUGAUCUCCUGCCAAUACAUGUAGUGUCCCUCUGGUUGUGUGCCAUUGUAGCUAGUCCUGGUGUCCUGGUUCUUCUCGCGUGAUCCCAUCAUCCCGAUGCACGUACCCCCCACGCAAAUGAAUUGCUAGCUAGUGCCGGUACAAUGCUCAACGGCCCCCCAAAUCCUGCAAGUACAACUAACUACAUGUACUCGUAUCCCAGGUACUUCUCAGAAUUGAUUUUUCAAUCGUCAGUGUGGGUUGGCAGCCACCAUCACGCAAGAUUGGAUUCAUCACCACUCCCGUCUGUCAACUUGCAUUUGCCUGUCCUUGCAUGCCUUACUCUUUAUCAAUAGCUGGUGGACCGGAAGACUGGAUUUUCUCCAUCGCCCGGUGGUGUGCUGCUGGUGUCGUCUUAUUAAAGUCUCGAUCGGAUCAUUGACACAUUCAAGAUUCCACACCUCUGGACGGUUCCUCGGCGGAAGCCGCAAAGGCUUAGCUCAAGAUUCCAUACUCUGGCCACUCCGUACCCACAACCCACAUGUACGUUCCGGUACAUGUUGCUCGGCUCUUGGCGGGAGGGGAAAAGAAGGUGGUGGCUCGUGGGCUCUCGACGACACGCAUGAGGUUUCUCGAUGCACGAUUGAUAACUAAAUCAAUUGAAGAGGAAACAGGUGGUUUGUCGCACUUUGUGCGUGUAUUAAUACUAGUACAUGUACGGUACUGACGUGACAACGCGAUAAGCUUCCCGCUAUCUACAGUCAGUCGUACCAUGCGGUCGAGAUCUUGGGGCUAUUGGUUAUGAUAUCGAUAUUGUGCUGCCUCUAAGGCAAAGAGAGUGUCCAGCCACGAGGAGGUUGCUUUGAGCUUCUCUCUCAACUCUCAACUGUCAACAGUUUUAGCUCAACAGUUACUCUCAACUCUUACUGGCUGGAGUCUGUAGAAAGAAGCAUUUUUGCGCUCGAAGUCUCCAGCAAUAAGCAGGGCUAAGAAUCUUGCCCCUAUAACUCAAACUAAAUAAUCGCAUUUCACAGGAGAAGCUUGCUAAAGCUAGCUAGUAGACA